CAGGCAGCAGGGGCCUGGAAGGGGUUUGACCCCCAUUAUCAUUGGUUAGACCCCAUGAGGGCUGCUCAUUCCACUGGGGCUCCCAGUGCACAGCUGGGGACUGGAGCUAUCCAAGGAGCUGGAGGCCAGGCUUACAGGAAUCCCCCACCCUCUACUUCUGCAUCACCCAGCCCUUGGCCGGCUGGUGGGCUGCCUGCCAGGCUGUCCGAAAACGAAAGCAAGGAAUCCAGAGAUAAAUAGGAGCAGCCUCAGCACGAGGCAGCAGUGUGUGUUCUGCUCCCAAGCCUUGUCCUGCUCCCAAGCCUUGCUCUGCUCAGUGCCCGUGGCAGCACCAUGGCUCUCCGCACCUUCCUGCUGCUGCUGCUGCUGGCUGCCGCCCUCCUCAUCACCCAGGCUCAAGGCAUUGGAAGCUCAGCCUCGGACUGCUGCCUGAAGCAUAGCCAGAAAGCCAUCCCCAGUGGCGUGGUGACAUCCUACCGCCUCCAGGGACCCGAGUCAGGAUGUUUGCUUGAUGCUGUUGUGUUCACCACCAAGAGGAACAGGAAAAUCUGUGCCUCUCCCACUGAUGGCACUAUCCAGAAGUUGAUGCAGCACCUGGACAAGAAGGCCAAAAAUGAGAAGAGCAAGAAGAAGGGGCAGACCCAGCGUCCCAGGGGCAGAGCCAAGAAGCAGAGGCGACAGCAGGUCUAAGUCAGGCCUGAAGAGGACGGAUGCCUUCCCACUGGUGACUGACCCGGCCCGGCAAUGGCAACGGCGACGGACAUACACAAACCACACACCCACCCACCCGCCAGCCCCAGGGCGGGGAUGGGGCAGGCUGAGGAGGAUUCCCUCUGCCCCAAAACCUCUUUGUUGCUGCUAUGCCUGACACAGAGAUCCCCCGGCACCUGCAGUGCCUGGGUGCUCUCAGCAAAGCAGGCACCCAGGUCCCCACUUGUCCCACAGCCAAAUAAGUGGGGACCUGGGGGUGGGAGCUGAUCCAUGGCCUCCAGAGGGAAGUGGAUAGGCUUCCCACUGAAUGGGAGUUAUUUAGCCUAGAAGGAUGGACGCUUUUCUUAUGACUUUUUUGGGGGGAUAUUAUACAUUUGUAUUUAUAUUUGAAAACUGUGCUUUCAUUCAGUCUUCCUGAAAGGCUUUGCUUCUGUCUCCUUGUGCUUCACAAAGUAGCCUUUAUGCUGCAGGCUAGAUUUUCUGGAAAAUUUCUCUUAUUUUUCUACCAAAUAAACCAUGGCUGCAUUUUAUUUUCCUCUCAUCUCUUUGCUCCUUCUUGGCUCGCAAGGCUGAACUAGGCAGGUCCCAAGUCCUGUGGCCCUACUUGAGCUGCUGGCUGGGUGCUUCUUUGCAGAGCAAUUAAUAGCAGCUGAGAUGGAGACUUUUGGGGUAACAGUGGUAAGAGUGUGGCUCUAUGUUUGUACUGUUCUAAUGUUUCAGGUUUUAUGGUGCACUGUUGCAUUGUAGUUUGGGUAAAGAUAGCCACAAUUUGUCCCUUUAGUUUUUUUAUUUUCUUUUUUAGGUACGACAUUUCCAUGAAAUCAGAACUAAUUGUUCAAUUUAGUAGAAUUAUACCCUUUUAGCUCCCCUGGCUACAAAAUUGCAAUGAAAUCAGAACAAGUUGUUCAGUUUAGUGGAAUUUUACCCUUUUCUUUCCCCUGGCUUUGCUUGUGUCAGGGGUUCAGACACUAUUAAGACAAAUGCUUAGUUUCCUGGGGGAAAAAAAAAAGCACCAGCAACUCUGUUAUACUUACUUGCCAAAUCUGAAGAGCUCACAUGGUGAAAAACAUGUGAGUCUGCGAAGGUGGGGGAAUAAAAGAUUUUGUAAAAUUCAUUGUAGACAUCCUGCAGCUGAGCAGCUCUAUCCCAAACCUUUAGUGAGAGAAGUCACUAAGUCAAGGGCACCUUUAGGUGAGACUGCAAGUGAAGGUGGGACAGAACCCCGGGACAGGGCUGGGGGGAAAUUGGCAUCUCCCUGUGCUUGCAACCUGCUCUCCCUGGCAUGCUGAGAAGGAGCAAAUUGAACAGAUGUACUAGAGCAUCACUGCUAUCCGCUUGCAGAGAUUUUGAAUGUGGACUUUGGUCAGUAAAGGUCUAUUAAGUCAUAUAAAUGCAAUAAUAGGAUUUGCAGAGCUUAACACUAUCAGCACAGGCUGUGUGUUUUUUGGCGUAAAGCUUGUACCUGAGUAUUUCUACUAAGUAUGUAUCUGGCUUGACUGCUUUAUUAAGAGGGCAUUUAGAUCUAUCAUUUUAAGAUUGUGCAAAGUAACUGUGAAUUCAAAGAUACUGGCCCUGAGCAUGGGACAGGCACUGAGCUGUCUCCUUGCUGCUGCCUCCUCCACAAUGAACAUGUGGCUGUCUGCCAGACCAGCUUUUGGACAGGAUGUGUGGCAAUAAAACAUAUUCUUUAUAACCA